AUGUUGCAAUUACGUGAAGAAUAUCUUGUACCGAAAACUACCAUUAAUUCCAUUUCAACUUAUAUUGUUACAUUAUUGCAUCAUUUACAGUCUCUGUUUGAACAACAAAUUAUGCGUAAUGAUUUUAAUGCUACUGGAAAUAAUUUGUCAUCAAAACCAACAUCUGGUUCAACAAAAGCAUAUCUUGAUAUUGAUACUGCUAAGAAAACAAUUAAUGAAUUAUAUUAUGCAGUGGAAACUGUUAGUCGCAAUGAAUACCAGUUCCAACAAUUUUGUGAAGAACAUUUUUUUUAUCGUCCACCUAAAGAAAUUACUUUAUCAAAUCCUGGUGAAACAAAACAAGUUACUUAUUACGUUCCAAUUGAUGAAACAAUCAAAUCAAUUCUACAUAAUGAUCAUGUUAUUGAUCAAAUUCUUAAUAAUAUAAAACAACAGCAAGAAAAAGUUUUUAUUGACGAAGAUCUUAUGUUUUCGUUCCGCCAUGGACAUUUUGGAAAUCGAAUUGAUGAUAAUAGUUUAUUAAUUCAAUUAUAUAUAGACGAUAUUGGACUAACUAAUCCAAUUGACUGUAAAAAAGACAACCACAAAAUGUGUAUGGUUUUUUUUCUCCCUGGAGAAUAUUCGAAAUGAACAUUGCUCUCAAUUAGAACAUAUUCAUCUUGUUGGAAUUUGUACAAGUGAAAUACUUAAGGUAAAAUUUCUCCAAUGAUAAAAUGGUUAAUUAUUUUUAUGGACUGCAUAUUGCACAUGAUUUUGUACUCAUCGUAAAGCUUGUAUAUAAACAUAUACAAUUACUUAACAAACUAUUUUCAUUAUAUUAAAAACAGUUUAAAUCUCUUUCAUUUUGAUGUGUUAUUGUUGUCCAUAUUUUUCUCUGUCGAUAUUGGUCGAAAUUCUGAUUAUGUUGUUUGAUUUGAAUAUUAUUCUAUUGUGAAUUGCUUUCUUAAGGAUGAUAUAAAAGCAAAACGCUUUUUCGAUCCAAUAAUUGAAAAUCUCAAUUAUUUACAACAACAUGGGCUGGUAAUCAAUGGUCGUUCAAUCAUGUUUUCUUUUUCCACCAUGGUGGCGGAUAACUUAGGAGCGCAUCAAAUUGGACGGUUUCAAUCUUCGUUCAGUAGUGGACAUAUUUGCCGGCGCUGUUUUAUCAGUCAUUCUGAUUUGCAUUUACCGAUGACACAGGCAAGACCAGAUAUUAGAACUAGUACUUACCAUGAUGCUUUAAUUAUUCAAAUUAAUUCAAAUUUUAAUAAAUCUCCCAUUAUGGGAGUAGUAGGACAAAG